CCCACCCACAACACCUAGUUUCCACACAGYACCAAAAACAGAAUGUCCGGUGCCGCCGCAAGAGGCCCCCUGGCCUUUCUGCUCCAAUCCCAAUCGGGGCAGUGGCUGACCAUCUCCCUGGGAGCCAUGUACGCCUUUCCGGAACAAGCCAAGAUGGUCCUUGGCGAUCUUGGGUCCUACGCGCUUAUGGCCAAGCAAAUGUCCGGCUUUCCCGUUCCCUCCCUCGAGGACAGSAAGGCGAUUGCCGCACCCGCUCCGCCGCAACAAAUCGUCAUCCACCAAACCCUUCCCUCMGUGGACGGGAAGAACCAGUACGUCGGCUUGCUGGUCAAGGUCGUCGUCGGAGGUACGGCCUGCUGGGUCGGUUACUUUGCCCUGACGAACGCCCUGCCGGAAUACGUCCAGGAAUUCUUCCCCGUCACCCGCAAGUUCUUUGCCAAGACCUCCAAGUUCUUGGUGGCUUCCCUCGAAAAGGUUAAAGAGACCCUCGAGGAACAGAUCGGACUCGUUUCGAAGAAGCAGGACGAUUUGUCGAAGAAACUGGACGGAACCCACGACGCGGUCCAGGGACUCCACAAGGAACUGGGAGACGCACGGGACGACAUGGAACGUCUGGGAGAGUCCAUGUCCCGGCAGGAGUCGACGCUCAACGCAUCCCACAAAACCAUGAGCUACACCUCGAAGGGCGUCACGCUGCUGGUGAGGUGUGUGGCCUCGAUGCUCCCCAGCAACGACCGGACCGUUCACGACCUGGCCGAGUACAUCCAGGACGGGGAAACCAUCAAGAGGCAGGAGGAGAAGGAGCAGCGAGAGCGACGCCUCGCGGGGGUGAGCGUCCGCAAGACACCCUUCUCGUCGAUCGCCUCCCCCCCGCCGAAGGUGGAGGCCCCGAACCUGAUGAUCCGCCAGUCGCGCGCGGACUCGGACCUGGACUCCCUCGACGACGUCCAYGCCGUGCUCGGAAUCCGACCGGGAAACAAUCUUUUGUCCGUCAACUAACCGUGAACGGAAGGGCMUCGUCCGGUGGUUGGCUCCGCGCCGACCACGGCAACGAUUCCGCCCGUGUUUUGUACAAUACCGUCUUUCGAUUGUGUGAAAGAAUAAGGDAAAACCGACUAGAAUAAUAAUAACAAUAACAACAACAGCAAUAAUAUUAUGAAUGCAAUUAAUAAAUGAAAAUUUACAGA